AUGAUUAGAUUUCGCAAUUCAGAUUUGGUGGGCAUGCAGCACUUGAAACCCUACAAAUAUCUGAACUUUUUCUUGGUUGCUGUGGAACAACCUUAUCCUGCUGCCAUCUGCGGUGGCGUGAACAAUAUGGAGAAGCAAGCAAUGCCGAUGGGGCUAUUCUUCACCGAGAAGUUGAAUCAUAAAUCAUGUAAUCAGUGCUCCGAGGCUGCUGCAAAACUUGCUCCCAACAUCAUAAUGAACCAUGAUUUUUCUGGAGGACUUCAUCAUUGGCGCCCCAACCGCUGUGCUGCCUAUGUCACUUCAGAAGAAACUGCAUAUCCUCGAGGGAAAUCGGCUAAGCUAAAUGGCCGUUUCGCUGUUGUUGCAAACCGUAAAGAAUGCUGGCAAGGUCUGGAGCGGGACAUCAGCAAUAGAGUCACUGCAGGCUCCAUUUACACCAUUUGUGCUUGGGUUGGAGCGUCGAGCCUUCAAGGCGCCGCGGACGUGCUGGCCACUUUGAGACUUGAAAGCAAUUUCUCUGCAGUUAGCUACAAGUUCAUUGCAAAGGCUUCCGCUUCCACUGAUCACUGGGAGAAGCUAGAGGGCACCUUCUCGCUGCCAACUCUGCCCCGUCGUGUUAUCCUUUAUCUUGAAGGGCCUUCUCCCGGCAUUGACCUAUUUAUAAGAUCGGUUGUCGUCUCCUGCAACUUCUCCAGCCAGCCUGAUAAGUUGAAUCAUAAACCGGGUACCAAUCAGUGCUCCGAGGCUGCUGCUGCUGCAAAACCUGCUCCCAAUAUCAUAAUCAACCAUGAUUUUUCAGGUGGACUUCAUCACUGGCGCCCCAACCGGUGUACUGCCUAUGUCACUUCAGAACUAACUGCUCAUCCGCGAGGGCUAAGUGGCCAUUUCGCUGUUGUUGUCAACCGUAAAGAAUGCUGGCAAGGCCUGGAGCAGGACAUCACCAAUAGAAUCUCAGCAGGCUCCAUUUACACCAUCUGUGCUUGGGUUGGAGUUUCGAGCCUUCAAGGCGCCACAGACGUGCUAGCCACUUUGAGACUCGAAAACAAUUACUUUUCAGUUAGCUACAAGUUCAUUGCAAAAGCUUCUGCUUCCACGGACCACUGGGAGAAGUUAGAAGGAACCUUCUCGCUGCCAAUUCUGCCCUGUCGUGUUAUCCUUUAUCUUGAAGGGCCUUCUCCUGGCAUUGAUCUAUUUAUAAGAUCGGUUGUUGUCCGAUGAAUCUGGUGUGUAAGAACUAAAAGCAAGACCUCCUUUUGCUGCAUCAAAGUCUUUUUGGACUCCAAAUAUUUCUCGCUCUUCUGAAGUCCAUGUUCGUCGUUUCUGGCAUGACGCUGAACUACAUGUUGCUGCUAUGUUAAUGGCAAUAGUCUUAGUUUGAUUUGGAGUCAGUAAUAGGUUGCUGUAAAAUGCCAUUAAGUUUGGGAGCUUGCUUUUAGUAUAACAACUUUCAUGUAAACUCUGAUUUCUUCAGGACAUGGAUGAUACCAUGUUGGGUGGUUUUUUUGCUUGCUUUUACUAUAACCUAUGUUGUAUCUUGGUUUAAUUGCAAAAGUUAUCUUUCAAUGUGGUGACUAGGACAUGGAUGAUACUUCGUUGAGUCAGUUUUUGUACUGUCUAGUUGAUGGUGCUCCAAAUGAGAACUAACAUCGACAAAGUUGGGAAAAAAGAAGUCUUCGUAUCUUGCACUAUUCUCCCACAUCGAAUACAAGACUAAACCAAAGCUUCCAAGCAUAGUAUAAACAUCUAAAGUCCGUGAACAAAGAAGCUCAUACCUUUCUCGGCCUUUUGGCUAAGAUCAAGUGUAGUAUCUGUUCUUAUCAGUUUAAUAUCUGAUAUGUGGACCAUCGGUCCACACGAUAUUAAAUUUAUUUUUUUAAGGGGGAAAGUCCAUUAAGAUAGCUUGCUAUCUGGGUUUUCAAGUGUUGCCUAUGCGUUGUAGUACUGCACAGGCCUGGCACACCCUACCAA